UGUCAGAACCUCGGUGACCGUUGGCAGGAUGGGUGACAGGAGUGUUACUGAUCAUAAGCGACAUGUGGAGAAACUAAUUAGAGAUAUUAAUACAAUUUCUCUGGAGUUGAAGAAGAUAAAAGAGCUCUCCCAGUUAUUGCUUUGUGACCUUACCCUACAUUUUAAUCAUCCCAUGAAGACUGAGAACUUAACAGAAGCAGAAAGAAACAACCCCCUCUUUGAAGAGUCUAAACUAUCAGAUGUAUCCCUUGUUUCUAACAGUUUUUCUAUCUGAUUUCUUAUUUGUUUGUUGUGAGUUUAUUUUUGAAUUAACAAAUAUUUGGGAGAAUUGAGUUUACUAAUUUGUAUAUGUAUAAUUUAAAAUAAAAUUAAAAUAAUGUUGCA